AUGGAGCUGGUCUUCUCUCCAAAGACAGAAAAAAAUUAUGACAUGUAUAGAGGGACAUUAAAUUUUAUUUUGGACUCACUGGAUCUCUGUUUCUUUUGCAGGCGUUCCAGACUCCUGGGGCUUGUUACUCUUUGGCUGGGAGUCAUUUUUCUAGCUGGGUUCUUCCAUAUGAAUGUAAAGAUCACCUAUUCCUACAGAGUGUGGAGGUUUUCCACCAAGCACCUGAGACCCAGUUACCCCCAGAUGAACGUGAUGUUUCUCAAGACCCACAAAACUGCCAGCAGCACAGUCAUGAACAUCCUAUUUCGGUUUGCAGAGAAGCACAAUCUGACCUUAGCCCUUCCUGCUGGCCAAAGCUACCACCUGGGCUAUCCUCAUCGCUUCAUGGCCCAGUUUGUAGAGGGAUUUAAAACCAUGGGACAAAGCUACAACAUCAUGUGCAACCACAUGAGAUUUAACCUCCCAGAGGUCCGAAAAGUAAUGCCAAACACCACCACCUACUUUUCCAUCAUGAGAAACCCAAUUUCACUGAUGGAGUCCUCCUAUGCUUAUAAUAAAUUUUUUACACCAGCAUUUAGAAGGUCAAAGGAUGUGAAUGAGUUUCUGGCAUCUCCAUGGACAUAUUACAAUAUGAGUGAAUACAGAAAUAAUGUUCAUGCGAGGAACUACAUGUGGUUUGACUUUGGCUAUGAUAACAACGCAAUGGACACUGAGGACUAUGUUCAGCGUGUCCUAGCGGAGAUAGAACAGGCUUUUCAGCUGAUGCUGCUAACUGAUUACUUUGAUGAGUCCAUGGUCCUGCUGAAGGAGACUUUGGGCUGGGAGCUGGAUGAUGUGGUUUACUUCAAGCUGAAUUCCCGAAGCCAGGACACUAUCAAAAGCAUGACCCCUGAGAGCAAGGAAAAGGUAAAAGAAUGGUGCUCAUUGGACUGGAAGCUCUACCAACACUUCAACAGGACCUUCUGGAGAAGAAUUCAGGAGACAAUAGGACUAGAAAAAUUGGAUCAGGAGGUGAAUAUCCUGAGAAUGAGACAAAAGGAACUUAUGGAGCUGUGUCUCUUGGACCCAAUGCCGAUAGAUAAGACCAAGAUCAAAGACAAAAAACUUCAGCCCUUCCAGUCAGGCCGUGCAAAUAUUCUGGGCUAUAAUCUUAAAGAAGACAUGGCUAAUGAGACUCUGAGAACCUGCCUGAGACUGAUCACACCUGAACUUCAGUAUAUGUCAUAUCUAUACGCUCGUCAGUUCCCAGAGAAGAAGAGGAAGAGCACAGCCUUUUCCCUGUGGCGGAGGUGA